GUCAUGGUGGUAAAGAACUAUGAACCGGUCGUACCUGUGUCCGUGCUGGAUACCGAUCUAUACAAGCUUACCAUGCAACAAGCCGUACUUCAUCAUUUUCCGGACGUACAGGCAACGUACCGGUUCACUCACCGAGAUAAGACGCGCCUGUUUGACCGAGAAACGUUCGAGCAAUUCAAGAAGAACGUUCAGCACUUCACGGAACUGCACUUAUCCGACGAAGAGCGAACUUGGCUCGCGAAAAAAUGCCCUUACUUCAAGUCUGCUUACCUGGACUACCUGUACAGCUACCGAUUCAAGCCUGAGCAGCUCAAAAUUGACUUCAUUCCGGAAGGAGAUGAUCCUGAAAAGGGCCACCUGGACGUCCUUGCAACCGGCCCGUGGGCAGAAACAAUCAUGUGGGAGGUCCCUCUCAUGGCCUGCCUCAGUGAGACCUACUUCACCGUCGCCGACACGGAUUGGAGCUAUGAUGGCCAAGAGGAGCUAGCUCGCGAUAAGGCGGUAGAACUACUCAAAGCUGGUUGCUUGUUCAGCGAGUUUGGCACGCGGCGUCGACGCUCGUUCAAGACGCAUGAAAUCGUCGUGCGUGAGAUGGCCAAAGUAUCGAACUCGGGGCAAGGGAUCGGGAAACUGCUUGGAACCAGCAAUGUGUAUCUGGCGUACAAAUAUGACCUUACCCCUAGUGGUACUAUCGCUCACGAGUGGGUCAUGGGGGUGGCAGCUUUGAAUGGAUACCCGAAUUGCAACGGGAUGGCUCUGGAUCUCUGGGAGCAAGUAUAUCCGAAUGCCUUACUGAUAGCCCUCACGGACACCUUCUCUACCGAGGCUUUCUUCAAGGAUUUCGUCAAAGACGUCGAAAGGGCAAAGCGUUGGAAGGGACUGCGUCAGGACUCCGGUGACCCUUUCGUCUAUGCUCCCAGAGCGAAAGCCAUAUACGAGUCCUUGGGCAUCGACUACAAGGAGAAGACGAUCAUAUUCUCAGAUGCACUCAAGACAGACAAGGUUCUGAAACUCAAGGCCCAAUGCGAUGAACUGGGUUUCCCAUGUGCAUUCGGCAUCGGAACGUUUUUCACGAACGAUUACCGGUCGGCAUCCAGCGGAGGCAAGGAGGAGAGCAAGGCGCUCAACAUGGUUAUAAAGCUCAAUUCCAUCAAUGGCAAACCUACCGUUAAGAUAUCCGAUGACAUUGACAAGAACACUGGGGACCCCGAAACUGUGAAAUACGUCAAGCAGGUGUUCGGGAUCGCGACUAACUGAGAAAGCGUACGCAUAGAUGCAGGCUAAUGUACACUACACAUACUUGGCCAUAAUACAGACCAAAAGAAGUUACUUAUUUGUUGCCGGGGAAGCGUCGUGUCAAAGGGCCUGACGGGACAAUCAUGCCGAACUGUCACUAACCUAGAAGCAAUACAACAAGUGCAUCCAUCAGCUUCCUGACGUCGUUAGUCAACAGUUGGAAGGAAGAAGAGGGCCCAACAACCUGGACGAGGGCGUCUUUGACCGGGACGCUAACACUUGGUUCCUCUGCAGAGGAGCGACCGCGCACCCACGUCUCCCGGGCUCUUUGCGCCGCGGCCCUGACAGCCGCCUCCUCGUUUUCAACCUUCCACAGGUCGCAUUUGUUGCAUUCGCGGCAUGUCGUACCGGGAAGGACCCUGAAAUGUUGACAGAAGUGCGAGUAACCCGUCUUCGAGACGUCUUCGCGGCAGACGUAGCACAUCUGGUAGCCGCACGCGCACCGCAUCUUGUUGCAGCCGUCCGACUUGACGAAGCUGGUGCGACAGUUCGGGCAGGUGCGCUUGACCGCCUCCGCCAUCGCGCGCUCGACGUAGAGGCGGAGGUCGUCGGCGUCGGUGUGGCACUGGUGAUCGGGGCCUUCCCAUUCCUUCGAGCAAGCAAGACAAGAUCGACGUCCGCAUUUGGAAGGGUCGCCUGACGGUGGAAGGGAUGGAUCGGGGGAAGGCUCUGGGUAAUUGCGACAGUAAAGAACGUUGCGGUCUCGCUUGGCACCUGUGAAUAGGGAAUAGAUGUGCUUGGAGAUAACUCGAAUAGCUCCUGGAGGGUCAACAAGAGGGAACAAAAAUCCGGCGGUAGGCCCUACCGACGCUUCCGGGAUGAAGUGAGGAUGUAUGGUUAACAAAAUGAAGUAUGUGGCGUGGAACAGGACUAGGAACAUCGAGUUUGCCGCCCUCCUCACGGGAUGGAGCGGAUGUGUCCUGUGCAUGCUUCUGGGUGAAGGUGACCACCAUGUGUCCAAGUGCGGGGCCUCCACGAACUCGGUGUACGGGCAGAAGGGACAUUUGAGAGGAGAAAAGAUAGGGUCGCCCUCGAAUGAAGCAGCGACACGCUCGUUCAGGGUGCGCUCGUAGUUGGAGAAGACCUUGGGCGGCAGAACCCUCCGGAGGAUCGUCUCGGAGAAGUGACCACCACAAGCGUCAGAAAUCGACAUGCAGGGGAAGGCUUUCGGGCUUGUACCUUGACCGAACAAGAAAGUGGUGACGUGGUUGGAGAUGCAGCUCUUGCAGAACACGUGGCCAGCGGUGCAGCUGUCGAUCUCUUCGAACGUGAAGUCCCCGAAACAACAACCACAUUCUAUGAGCUGGCCCUCGGCGGUAUAUUGAUCCUCGUUGAGUAUCUUGGCGAGUCGUAAAUGCUCGGUCUCUGCACGUGUGACUUCCUCUAGCUUGAAAAUACGCCACUCUCUUCUCCAUUCAUCGUCCCCCGCGUGUGCAUCGUCUUCGGAUACCGGGUAGGAACUUGCAUCUGCGAGUUGCAAAUCUGGGCUGAACACUCUUCGAACAGAUCCCCAAAACUUCCCGAACCACUUCCUUCUUUGCAUCUCUGCAUCACAGGCAGAAAGAGUGGGCGCUAGUUCGUACCUGUUUUCCACAGCAAACGUCUUCAGCGUGGACGCUGGGAGGGACGGGUAUGUAUCAGACAAAUGCUGUGAAAGACGGUUGAGAUACGAGAAGGGCCGAACGAGAUCGGCUUUAUCCAAUACCGGCGGCGGGCCGUCCACGACUCGCGCAGGGGGUCGCUCAAGUAUAGCUUCAGCAGUCAAGAGCGCCCAUGCAAACGAGAAGCGAUGUAGUGUUUGCCGCAGCAGGGACACCUCGACCCGGGGAAACACCUCGUGGAGUAUAAUGAGGUCGCGAUUCAUCGAGCGUCGAGUGUCCACCGCCCCCGAGGGAAGGCAUAGAACAGUCGGAUACGGUAUAUGAAGCAGUUUGUGCGCGAUCCGCGAGACGAUCUCAGUCGGGGUGCCUCCGUAUUGAGGAAUUAUCUCCGCGAGAAAUCCUGGGUCGAUGUCCGGGAACAGCUCGCGGACCCGGUCAACUAUGAUGGCGGUCGUGACAAAGCCAGUUGAUGAUGAUGACGCCGUCGCAUUGAGCUUCUUUCUUGUCCUUGUGGUCUUGGGGCCCAAAGCUGUAGUCCUUGCCAUGGCGGACGA